CCGUCAGCGCUCGGCGUCUGACCUUACCGCUCUUGGUCCGGGGGACGUUUGGCAUCCUCUCCUGUUAGGGGGCCACGAGAAUGGACUUUGGUCCGCCAGAACCAUGACUGUCCUGAACUUUUGAAUGCUCUCAAUGCGCAGCUCUGCAGGGUGCUGGUCAGAGUAAACCAAGGGGAACAAUGGGGAAAUAUUUCCACUGCACAGGUUUGCUGAAAAGCACCUGGGACCAAGUUUGCAUCGCUUUCUGGCAACGUUAUCCCAACCCUUACAGUAACCACGUGUUGACCGAGGACAUCAUCUUCAGAGAGGUCACUCCGUCCAACUGCCUCAUUUCCAGGCGUCUGUUGACCAAAACCAGACGCGCGCCUCGCUGGAUGGAGCGGUACCUCCCAAAGCACAUGGCCAGCUCGGCGUACAUCAUUGAGGACUCCAUCGUGGACCCUCAGAAACGGACCAUGACCACUCUAACAUGGAACAUCACCCACGCUCGCCUCAUGUCUGUGGAGGAGCGGUGUCUAUACCAAAUCAACCCUGAGAACGCCUCCUGGACGGAGAUUAAACGGGAAGCCUGGAUCUCUUCCAGCCUCUAUGGGCUUUCUAGAGCUAUUCAGGAAUUUGGUCUGGCAGGGUUCAAGAAAAGUGUCACAAAGACUAUGAAAGGCUUUGAGUUUGUGCUCGCCAGAAUGCAAGGUGAGACUCCAUCGAGAACCUUAGCGGAGACCGCCACGGAGCGGGCGCGGGAGACGGCGCUGGCAGCUAAAGAGAAAGCCAAGGACCUCGCCUCACACGCUCAGAAGAAACAAUACGUCUGACGCCGCAGCUGCAGCCUCUUAAAGCGGGACGUAUUUACACCCAGCCGCUCUCGUAGUUCACUCAGUUCCUGGGCAUUCUGCACAGGACCCCAGACUCGGUUUAAAAACACCUCUGCGAGGACACAUCCUGCUGAGAGUGGUCGGUGGACCAUUAAAAAGGCCUGAGCUGGGUUCAAGAGCCUGUUUCAGCCUCCCUGAUUGCGUUUAUUGCACCUCUCAUGCCACGUCAGUACAGCAUUUACCGCAGAUAGAAAUCUUGGAAACGAGCGGUUGAUUAUGGCCCUGGGUGCCAUAAAGUGACCGUACACUGGAAGUGUUCCCGAAGCCUUUGCUCAACCUCUGUACCCGCCAGUAUCUGCCUUUUUCUACUCCGGUUGGCUGACCAUCUGGUUCUCUUUUGUUUCCCUGUUCCUUACUGUUAAGUUGCAGCAUUGUGUUAAAUGUCAGAUCAGUUCUGUCAUCCAUUUAUGUGUGUGAAGGUCAUACAAUCGUGUAAUGUAGGUUCAGCUCACCCGCUCCCAUCUUAUGUCAUGCUACACAUCCUCACCUGGCAUCUUUGCUGCUGCUGCUGCGUAAGAGCCGUGUCCUCAUAGCUGGCUGUGUACGUUCAUUCAGUCCUUGUGAGUAUCAGCUGCUCAAUAAAUGAACAUUUCUUAAUCAUAA